AGCGCCUCUCCCCGAGAGAGAAGGAUCUGAGAGAGCGGCGUCCCAGUCGUCGCCGAGGAUUUGCCUGCAGCGCGCGCUUCCCCCCACGUCCGUGCGUGUCUGUGUGUGUGUGAGAGAGAGAGAAAGUCGGAACCGAUGCCGAGAAGCAGCAUCGCAGGCCUAUACCCCAAAAGCAGCGUAGAAGGAUUACGUAAGCUCGCGACCAGUGGAACGAGUCAGGCUGCGGUCAGACAUGCCGCCGAGGAGGUCCAGGCGCCGCUAUGAGUCGAUGCCAUCCCCGCAUCAGCAGCUAUUGGACUACGACACGAGUGUGUGAGCGAGAGGAGCUAUACCGAGCCCCUACUACUACUACCGCCGCUACUAUCCUCCCUUUAAGAAUCGAUCGUCGGCCUUCGUAGUAUACGCCGAGAUAAGAUCCGCCGCGUAUGCUGUGCGUAUACAUAAGUAUAUUAUACAUAUAGGGACGUGCCUGUGUCUCUCGCGUGUAUCCAUCGGCCUAGACCCCCGAGAGAGAGAUCUCCAGGUAUACACAUACUAGCAUCAGAAAGUAUAAUAACAGUGCGCGAGUUGUGUGCGGUGAAAGAGACUACAUUCGAGUCGCAGCUCCACUGCUGCUGCUACUGGAUGAAUCGAUAAAAGGGUGACGACGCUGAGACGACGGAUAGAGAGAGAAAGAGAGAGAGAGAGAAAGAGAGUUUUUUGUGUGUGCGAGAGAGCUAGAUAGAGCAAGGAAGAAGAGGCAAGAGUAGCCGGUCCAAGAUGAGGGCCGUCAUGUGGCUCGCCGUCCUCGUCCUGCUGAGCGUCGACGUCAGCAGGCAGCAGGAGGAGGACAUACCCCACGGAGAGGUCAGGAACUGGGCCAUGAGGUUCGGCGUCGAUCUCUGGGAAUUCGGCAGACAGAUCACCAAGAUGAGCGACAUCAAGAGCAAAUAUCACGGAGGCAGAUCGGCGGUCAACAAAAAGGACGGCCUGGUGCUCGUCAGGGAAAUGGCUGCGGAAGUGAAGAACAUGAUGGACUUCAAAAUGAACGCGGUGAUGAAACUGAUGGAGAACGCGGAGCAGGCGGCGGUCUCGGCGUCGCGGGAGGGCGCGGUCUCGCCGCCCAAGUACUACGCGAGCCAUCGCAUCAAUCUGUACGGGGACGACGGCAAGCUGAGCUCGGGAGCGCGGGAGGUCAACCUCACGGCCAACCGACACUUCGAUCACCUAGCCGUCAACCUCAGCCUCUCGGCGGUCCUUAUGCCACCUGGCGUCAAGGACACCGAAUCCGACGUGGCAUCCGGCCUUCAAUGGAGCGAAUACCUCGACCCGCUCUUCGUCAACAAUUACGAGAGCGACCCGACGCUCUCCUGGCAGUACUUCGGAUCGACUUCCGGCUUCUUACGCCGCUUUCCCGCAAUCUCGUGGCCACCAGUGGACGCCUCGCCGUCGCAGAGCGGCAAACCGGUGCGCGUGCGCGACGUCGACGACUUCCGGCUGUCGGAGUGGUUCGUGGGCGGCGCCACCUCCCCCAAGGACCUGGCGAUUCUCGUCGACGGUACCAGCCUGUCUUCCAGCAAAAUACGCAAACUCGUCGUCGCCACGACCAACGCCGUCCUCGACAGUCUUGGCCCUAACGACUUUGUCAACGUGUACCGGUAUGCCGAGAGCGCCGAGGAAAUUGUCAAGUGCUUCAAGGACAGCAUGCUCGCAGCUUCGCCCGAGAACGUCAAGGAACUCAAGAACGCGAUGAACAACCUGAAGUCCGAAUCGCCGUCCAACAUCUCAGCGGCGAUGAGCACAGCCUUCGAGAUCCUGCACAAGUACAACAGGUCGUCCCAAGGCAGCCAGUGCAACCAGGCGAUCAUGCUGAUCACCUCCAGAUCCGAGGGUCCACCCGUCGACCUGAUCAAGAGGUACAACUCGCCACACAUGCCCGUCAGGAUCUUCACUUAUCUCGUGGGCGGAGACGACAGUCAGGAGCUCCACGACAUGUCCUGCAACAACAAAGGAUUCUAUGCCAGAAUAACGAACAUGGAAGAGAUCAAGAGCAAAGUAUUCGAGUACAUCAAAGUAAUGGCCCGUCCGAUGGUCCUCUAUCAACGCGACCAUCCCAUCCACUGGUCCCCGGUGUACAUCGGCGGAAAAAGCAGCAGAUACGGCCUCGAGGGUCAAGGUCAACUCAUGACGUCAGUCACGGCGCCUAUAUUGGACCGCAGGGAUCACACGGAGAGAUCGGCUAAUUUGCUGGGUAUCGUUGGGACAGACGUACCGAUCGAUCAGAUUCAGAAGCUUGUUCCUCCGUACAAGCUGGGAAUAAACGGUUACUCCUUUCUGGUGGACAACAACGGACGAGUCUUGUACCACCCUGAUCUACGCCCCUUGCCUGGAAACGUUGAAUAUGAUGAGACACUGAAGCGGAAAUACCUCAGCGUCGACCUGUCUGAAGUAGAACUCUCCGAAUUCGACGGUCCGAUGCACUCGUUGAACAACUCGCUUCUUCUCGACUUGAGACACGACAUGAUCGACCAGAAGGAGGGAGAGACCGAAUUCUCCGUGAAGAUUCAGUACGACGACAUGAAACGAGUAUCAAUCAGACGGCACAACUACUUCUACAAGCCGAUCGAAGAGACGCCCUUCUCGCUGGGAUUAGCGUUACCCGAAGGCUACGGCAUGUUCGAAGUUCACGCCGAGCAGGAAAUAAGACAUGCCAAAGUCAACGUGACGCAAUACUUCAAGGGAGACCGAUGGAAGGUCCACCCGGACUGGACCUACUGCGAGUACUACUUCGAGUCCGAGAAGUGGUUCGGCACCCCGGAGGAGCGAGUGCUGCAUUUCCUGGUUCAAGCCCACAAUCCGGGCUGGAAGUGGCGAUCGAUGAGACCCAAGAGCCCGAGCUCGCAUCAGAAGCCGGCCAGCAAACCCGACAGAGAUUCGUACUACUGUGACAAGGGAUUGUUGCAAUCCCUGGUGUUCGACGCCUGGGCGACCGAGGACUUUGACAAGCGAAGCGAAAAGUCCAUGCAAAAGGAGGACAACCCCAUUGCCAUACUGAUGGCUGUACUGCACAGCAAGGGCAAGGGAAGAUUCGGAGUAGCCCGAAGUUUUAUCGCAACCAGAAGUGGUCUGUUACGUUGGCACGAUCAUCAGCAGAACGACGAUACUAGAGAGGAACCGGAUUUCGCUGACAACUACAGGAGGGCCAUGGACUCGACGUGGUACAAAAGGGCAGUCGAUCAGCACUCGGUCGAGCCCGAGAGCUUCGUUUUUAGCGUUUCCUUCGAUGCAGCUGAUAAUCCCAGACCAUUGGUGACGGCUACUCACGCGAUCUUCGUCGAGAGCAAGGGACACAAGGCUCCGGCUGCGGUCGUGGGAAUCCAGUUCCAUCAUGCGUCGCUGUCGUCACACUUUGUCAACGUCACGUCCACCUGUUUCGGAAACACGGUUUGCAAGAAGAACUGCGCUUCCGACGAGCUGGACUGUUACAUCCUGGACAACAACGGCUUCGUCAUCAUCAGCGAGAAGCACGAGCAUACCGGCAAGUUCUUCGGUGACAUCGACGGAACCAUCAUGGACUCUCUGGUGCAGGACAGGAUAUUCAAACGAGUCAACGUUGUGGACUACCAAGGCGUCUGCUCGCCGCAGUCCUCCCACAUAUCCGCUGCCCCGACAUCGUCGUCUUACUCUAUCUUGAAGACCAUCGCAACUGUGGGCAACUUCAUGUGGACUUGGACUGUCAACCUGAACUUGGUAGACGCGCUUCAGCCGAUAUGGGCCUAUGCAUCCGACUCGGACAAUGAUGGAAACUUAGUAUAUCCCGAUAGUGAAAAUUAUCCACCAGAAAUGACGGAUGAGGUGACAGUGGAGAAUGAAGACCUGCCUCCAUACCCACCAGUGGCGCAACCUCCGCCUCCGACAACCACAACUCACUCGACGACAACGAAUUUCCCACCGCACAAGUUGCGGACUUGCGAGAAAAAUACAGACCUGUACAUUCUACAGCCUGACAGGCUCAAUACCAGUGGCCAGGGUAAUCCACUCAAAGGAAAGCUGACCAACUGCCACUUGUCUGGAUGUGAAAGGCCGUUCAGCGUGCAGAAGAUCAGCCACACAAACCUGAUCCUCCUCGUGGUGGAUACGCUCUGCCCAUGCGGCACUAAGAAACUCGGCAUAAGGCCGUUCGAGGCCAUGUCGGAGCCAGGCGCAUGCACAGCCCGGCGUGAACGACUUUACCGACGCAGACCUGCCAAGUGCAUCAACUACCAUCCGGAAGAGCUGGAGAUCAAAGUCUGCGGAGGUUCGAGCAAGACAACCAGUCUGCAACUCGGUUUGCUACUCGUCGGUCUACUCGUCGCUCAUCUGACGUGACUUGGCGGUCGAUAAGCGUGUCAGGCACGAUACUGAACCGUCGGUAAAAAAGGGGAAAAUUGUACGCAGUUGGAAAGGUACGCAAACGACGAUUAUUAGGAAGUCGAAGCGUUUUUACUAUAACCUGUUGCGAAGAGACGAGGGUAGUCAAGCUAUUGCUCGUCCAAAGGGGUUGUAGUAGUAUUAGAGUCGGUACAUGUGUUACCGACUGAGUAAGUGCCGUGGAAAAUCUUUUAGCGAUUUUUAAAGAUUUUACGUAGAUCUGAAGGUAGGAUUCGAUUCUCAUUAGUUAGGUUUGAAGCCAUUAUUUCGAUUUUUUAGCCAUCAAAUUAGCGAAAACAAUGUGGUAACUUCUAAGUAAGAUCUACUGAGAAAUUGAUAGUUCUUUUGUAAGGUCGUGAUUGUACCGUAAAAAACGAGACAAUCCAACAGUUUCACUUGCUAAACGAGUGCAACUGUCACAAAAAACCUUAUGCAAAAAGUGUCAGUUUUUAUCGAAUAUAAUUAGUUUAGAUGAAUAUAAUUAGUAUAAAUGCUAUAUUUGUAAUAAAUUUACCGAAAUAAUCGCUUUGAACUAAAAUAGAUUGCGUAUCUUACAUAAUAAGAAAUGUUAGAUUUUAAAAAGGGUCUCUAAAUUCAUAUUAACUCAGUCGGUAACGAAAAUCCGCAUAGCAAAACCAAUGGUAAGCUCCUAAAAUUUUCUCAAAAAUAAAAUUAAAGAAAAGUCCAGAGUAUAAAACAUUUCCAGCUGCGUAGACGACUAAGACAAACGAAAAAAAAGCGAGAAUACCGAGCGAUUUUCGCAGAGAAAAGCAAACGAAUGCCACGUAUACAGAAACACACAUCGAGGCAGUUUUCCUUUUUCGAGAAUAAAAAACAAAAACAAACCAAAAAAUAAAUAAGAAUACAAUUGCGAAGCAAUAGGAUCGUAAACGAAGAAUCGCGAGGGGCGCGUUCGAAAACGAAAAAAGAGAGGUAAACGACGCAGCUCCUCCCGACGAAGCACAAAGAAAGAAAAAAAGAAACCUAUUUUUUGCAAAUUCUUUCUUUUAGAGAAUUCGUACGAUAGAGCGAAAGCGCGUGUGCGAGAGUAAGAAUGAGUGAUUCAAGUAUAUACAAUAAAGGAAUAUAUACUUUUUCGCGAGUUUCUAGCUUUGACAUAUACACGUGAUGAUUGUGAAGUAGUAGACCUUUUUCGCCAAGGUGAAAAUAAAAAGCGAAAAAAAAUAAUAAUAUUGAAAACACGGGCUAUUAGCGGCCCUAUAGAAAGGUCGCAUCGACGAGUUAUGAGAGAGCAAAAAAAAAUCGAGAAAGGAGGAAUGUGUCCUGGCGCUGGCAGCCAGUAGUCGAACAAGAGCUUUUUUCGAGAAGAGAACCUGACUAAGGACGUGUAGAGAAGAGCGAAACUAGAGGGGGACAGAGAGAACAACGCGCACACAAAUUUUACUAACGAUCUAAAUACGCCUACGUAGGUUAUUAACGAUUAAGUUAUUAAAUACCGAGCAAGAGCAGAACAAAGAGGAAUAAUGAGAAGAAUAACCGUGAGACGAAACGUUCAUAUUUCCAGACUCGAUCGAGCGAUGAUCGAUCCAUCGAUCUUGAAUUCUAACGAUUCCGCGCGCACAGACGUGAGAGGCCGUCCACAUGAAUAUAAAAAAAAUGAACGAGAGCACCAUACUAUAUUAUACGCGCGGGGACGUUUUUCCGUUUUUCGACGCGUCAUACACAGCCCCCCACACACAUACUCACAUGUAAUAUACGUAAAGCCAGUGCACAAAUGUAAUUCCGCGUAUGAGGCAGCGUGAAAUGAUUUUUUAUCGACCUGAUAAUCAAAACUAUCGGUUUUUUUACAAUUGAUUUUGAUCUUGAGUGUUCGAGUAUACAAGAAUCAAAAGCCGCAAUAGCACCGUUGAUAACAUCAGCUUUUUUAUUUUUGUAUUAUAUUACGAUAUCUUUUGAUUUUUGAGUCUUUUUCACCAUUUGCUAAAGUAAUAAUCUACGGUCUCCAGGUUUCAUCGACGCCUAAUCGAGGAGUUAUAGCUAUGCGCUAAAUUAAACCUACUGCAAAAUCCAUGUUCAUAUAAUUAUACCUAUACAUCUCGCGGAAGGAAGAAUAUAAAGCAAACUAAAAAACGAACAAAAAUGGAAAACGCAGCUACAGCACAAGUUAUGUAUUUCACAUCUAUCCGUAAAAAAUAUAACACAGGUGCCUUCGAGUUUGAUUUACAAAAAAAAUGAAAAAAAAAGUAUCUAACGUCUGACGCAAAAAGUCGAUAAUAUAUAGGUCUCAUCGAGAGGGUAAACUAAAAUAAUAUCAAGAAGCGAGUAUAAAAAUCCACAGAAACGUCAAAGUCGAACACAACCAACAGAAAGCUCGAGCGCUUGAAAAGCGCAAGACGCGAACUAUAUGAAAGAAUAAAAAACAUACGAGGAGAAACUUGAAAAGCAUCUCCGAGAGCAGAUCGGAAAAAACGCAGCAAGAGUGAGGGAAAACGAUUUUUUCAAAAAUAAAAAAGCGCGAUGCGAGGAUUCCGUUCACGUUCCCAUACAUUUCUCGUGUGACUCCUGGGCGUAUAUGUGUGUGUGUGUGUGUGUGCGUGAUGUGUUUCGAAUUUGCAGUACGUAUAUAAAUACCUGUAGACGCAAAAUUGGCGCAAGAAAAAGGUUCGCCGAUCUCGAGGAAAAGAAAAAUCUUCAGUAGUCGUUUGUAGAAUGUUUCCCCCCUUUUAGAAACGUGGAAGAUAGAAGAUAUGAGAAAUCGUAUAACGAGGCUCUACUUUUUACACACUUAUUUUUUCUCUCGUGAGUAUAUAAGUAACUAAGCAAAAGGACACGACAUCCCGUUGACACUGUUGACAAUAUAUAUGAUAUUAUAUACUUGUGAAGUAUUAUUACAUUAGCCCCGAUUUUCGAGCUCUUAUCGUGUUGAUGGCGUUUGAGGCUUUAAAAAGUAAAACGAGAAAAACGGAGUCGACAAACAAAAUAUAUUAAAUAUAGUAAUGAUCUCUAAUCUUUAUACUCUAGUAAAGGAUUAAAAAAAAUUAACAAAUAAAUAAACGUUAUCAUUAUCUCCCUGUUUUUUCGUUUUAAAUGUUGAGAAAUUUCUAGUAUACUUAUUAAAACUAAAGGCGAGCCGAUAACUUAUUAUAUAGAAUCGUGUCUAAUCCCCCCUUUGAAUUUUUCGAUGAGAGAAAGAUGCGCUCGCGAAUAUUCCGGAGUUUCCUCGUUAACGACAUGUGCACAAGUGGGCUGAGAAUCUUGGCAAACGAGAAACACGGCUCUCGAGAGUAUUUUUCAGUACAGGCUUUAUGGCAGCGAGGCAAUGAAUUUUCACGAAUUGUAGAGAGAAUUAGUUGUCAAUUUUGCUAUAAUGUGAUAUAUACUGUUGACUUAAUUAUUAGUAUAACGAAAAGUAGAAUAGUGUUAUUGGGUAUAUGAUAUUAUAUUCGAUUCUAUAUUGACUUUGUUUAUUGUUGUGAGGAAAUUUUAUAAAGUAAGAUCAAAUCUUCGUAUUAGACGAUAAUAUCGUGGAAAACGAUUAGACCAAUUUUAUUUACACGCGACUAUGAUAUUUUAUAUAGUUUAUAUGACGCUAGAGGAGAAAUAGUACAAUACAAAAUAAUCGUCGUAGAGUGAUAACGAUGUAUUCUUUAUUUACUGUGUACUAUAUAUAUUUGUAUAAAUUAAUUUAUUGUAGGAAAAUUAAAUUAUUACGUUAUGUAAGAAAAUUCACGCACUUCCAUUAAUUUAAUGAAAAAAAUGGUACAAUAAUUAGAUAAUUAGUAAGACAACGCAUGCAUUACACUCUUCCUUUACGAAAAGUGAUGAGCUGCCAUAAAGCCGGUACGUAUAAUCACAAUUAUUGAAAAAAAAAACAUGUUUGCCAGGAUCCGGACUCGUUGCGUCAAAAUCAAAACACAGCAGAAAAAUUGCGGCGAGAAACGAAGAGCAGAAAUUCUAUUAUUGUACGAUAUACAAUCUAGAUGCAUAAUAUUUAAUUGUUGAGAGAUGUGAGAGCGAGCGCGCGAAAAGUGGGAAAAGAUAAAAAAGAGAGAGAGAGAAAGAGAUGAGAAUUACGAACCUUGCAGACAAUACAGCACAUUAUUAGAAUUUGUACUCCGCGACGGCUUACGCGAAGCUCCGCGCGCGGUUACUCUAGCAUAAAAAGGUAUAUAUAUUAUAUACAUAUAAUUAAUAUAUAUUAUAUAGAUAAUAAAGUUACUGUUGUUAUGAUCAUUAUUAAUAAUAUCGCGUUUAUUAUAUACACCGAGUUUUUUCGUAAAAUUCAACGGUUUUACAGUAUCUUUUAAACGAACAGAAUAUAAUAAAUCGAACGAAUAUUACGAAGGAAUGACAAAACAAACAAACUAUAUAUCUCUCGUGUCGAUGGCGAGCAUAAUGUAUGUAUCAUAUAUAGCAUAUAUAUCGCCGCCGACACGCAAGACGUUCUCGCAUCGCCCUCGAUAUAUAUAUAUAGAACGAGAGAAGGAAAAACGGACAUGGGACGUGUGUUAUGGCACGAGUCGAUGGUUUCCGCGUGUACUUUAUAUAUGUAUAUCUCUAAACGAUAUGAAGAAAAAAACACACUUGUAAGCGCUGUAUUUUAAGCGAAAAAGCAUACGCGACUCUCUAAAUUUUUUUAAGCAUAAAACGCGAGUGAUUUAAUCUUCCAUUAAAGGUGUGUUGUUGUGUACACUAUAAUUCUCUCUCUCUCUCACUGUGUGGAGUUAGGUAUAUUGUACAAGGUUUAUUUCCGCGUAUAUGUAUAGCACACUGCACAGACACACGAACAUGAUUUUCGAGAGAGGAGUGUUUUUCCCCCAUUUUUUAGACGAAUUUGUUAGGUGUAGAGGUAUACUCAUAUCGUACAUAUUUUAUUAUCAAGCUUUUAUAUAAAUAUCUAUGAAACAAAAGCUUUAAAAGAACGAGUCGUUAUAAUUCUAGACGUGUUUUGAUAUAAAAUAAAAAUCUUAAAUUUUUAACGAACAAAAAAAUAAUACAAUUUUCACUGUGUUUUACUGGAAAAUAUUUAGAGUAGCGAACAAAAAACUAUCGAGAAAAACAUAAUGACGGUGAACUGCUGCAGAGGAGGAGUUUUAAAAAAAUUAAAUAAUUGACUGCUCAACGUUGGCUUCCAAAAAAAAAAAAUACAAACUAAACAAACCGCUUGCCUAAACACAUCGCAAAAAAAAUGUCAAACGGAAACUAUUAUAGCAUUUACCUAAGACACGAAGAAAAGACUAAGAAAAUUUUCGAGAAAAUACGCGCGCUUGGGGACUCUUUUUUGUGUUUCUGAACUUUUCCGAGCGUUACGCGAUGAUUUGCUCGCGAUACGAUGUAAUGUACACACACAAACGCAAACAAAAAACUUCGAACGUCCUAUACAAAAAAAAAUUAAGAUAAAAAGAAGGAGUGUGCGUGCAGCCGCUAUGAAGGCAGACAAAUAUAUACGAGAGAUGUGUGUGUCGGAGGGAAUUUUUCCCUCGAUGUACGGGCAACGAAAGCGUCUGUGGGACAGAGAUGAAGACGAGAAUGCGACGGGAGGAAAAUCCUGAAAAAUUACAAAAAAAAGAGAAAAAUAUAGCAAACAAGGUAAAACAAUAAGAAACGUCCUAGACGUCGAGCUAGGGGUGAAAAAUGAGUUAAUCAAACUGUAUCACACCGACGCUGAAGAAAAAACCAACAAAUUCACCUUGAGCCCGCGUGUCUCUUCUCAGGUCCGAGAUUGAAGGAAAAAAAGGGAAAUUCGAGGGAGAGAGAUGUCAUUGAGAGUAUGUGAGCGAACAAAAAAAAACAAAAAAAAUUACAAUAGGGGACCGAAUGAAACGGUUGAUAAUAAGAAAAAAAACAAAGCGUGAAAAGUCGCGAAAGAUUCUAGAAGAUAUUCGUUUAAGAUUAAGGAGAGAAAACAAGAUGAAAAAAACAGGGACGGGUUGAGGUUCGUUGAAAAAUGAAACCUGAACGAGCGAGAGGGUGAAGGAAGGGGAGAGGUGAAAAGCGAAAAAAAAAACAUGAAAAUCCUUUUAAAGUGUCCCUGGAUACUACUAAGUCUUCCAUUAUUCAUACGUUAAUGUUUAAACUGAUGAGUAUAUUUGAAGUGAAAAAAAAGAUAUAAAGUGUAACAUAUAAAUUUAUCGAAUUCAUCAUAUCGAUAACUAUUAACUAUAACUGAAAAAAAAAAUUACUCACACGAGCAAGCACGUGCAGCGACGACGAUGUUUUACGGGGGUGAGGGCGAGGUUCUCGGGGCGAUUGCUCGAUCUUUUGAAACUGAUGAUUUUCUUUCAUUGUUCAAAUUCAGAUAGUCAAUAUCGCAAAACGUUACAACAAUUGUACUCAAAGAUACAAUCUGCCGAAAUUGACGGGGCAGACAUACCAAGCACGAGAUCUAGCAAUCGCUCCAAAAGAUAUGCGGGAUUCAAGCGCUACAAAAACGAUUUUGUAUCUUUUGCAGUAUAAAUAUUCUACUUGUUCGAAGGCGUUUUACGAGAUGUACUCGAUGUCAUAUUCCAUCUGCUUAGCUAUAAUAAAAAAGCGACUAAAAAUGACGAAAAAGCCACAAAAAAGGUAUACUGUACACUGUGCGACGUUUUGGAAAAGCGAAAGGAUAAUAGCCAGGCUGAACAUGAGAGAAACAAGGGACUCUGCGUCUGAGUUGCUCGCGUGACUUCCAACAAUGCCCUAUAUGAUAUAUUAUAAUAUUAAUGAUAAUAACGAUAAUAUUAAUAAUAACGAUACUAUAAUGAUAAUUCGCCAGCGAGAGAAUAAAAAAAAACGAGGAAAACGAUAAAUUGGCCUAUUUUUGUAUAAUAUCGAAAAUAUACAAAAAAAGAAGGGAAGGUAAAGCCUACGCGAACUCUUCCUCGCGUCCGCAGCUCUUUUUUCACUACACCCUUGUACGACGAUAAGCGUUCGGUUUUGUUUAUUUUCAAACGAGAUGAUAUUAUGAAAAUCCCCCAAGAGUAACACAGAAAACACAUGGCUCUAUAUCGAGUAAAUUGUAGCAACUUCGGCACUCGGUCCCUCGCUUCGCUGAAUUCCAAAGCAGAUGUAAAAGCAAAAUCCAUUGCGUCGACGUCGAGAGAACUUAUAUCACCGACGGACUUCCGAUGGCCUUAUACGUUUACGAUUGUCAUUGAGUGUGUGAGAAGGCUCAAAAGUUGUUUCGGAAGCUUCGGAGAAUGCGAAAGACCUGUACCACGCGACAGUUGAAGCUUUUGCAUUGUCCGGUAAGCUAAUGUAUAACAAUGUCGGCGUUGAACAAAAUAAUCUUGAGAAGCGCGAUUCAGUGACUCGAGAAACUCGCCUGCUCAUCGUUUCGCAUUUUUCAGAUCUUUUCCGGCCACGUGAUGUACACACAGACACACAUAUGAAUAUUAUAAUUCAAUGGGCUUUGCGUUAAUAUGACACUUGUGUUCCUCAUCUGUCGAGUUGAUCAUUUUUAACAAUUCUCUAUUAUAUAUACGUGAACAAAAAAUUAUAACGAGAAUUUUUGCAUUUCUAUGUAUUCAACGUUGUUGAGCGAAGAAAACAAAUAUUUGCCGACACUUUUUUAACGAGAGUAAAAUUAUACGAUCGAUCUCACACAAUAGUAGCUUCUGAUUUACGAGCAAAUGAAAUUUUUCGUGAAACAGAAAAUUUCUGUGAUAUGCAUUGAGAAAAAUAAUGUGUAUAUAUAUACGUGUAUUAUUCGAGCAUUCGCAAAACAUAAUUUUUUGUUCUCGUGCGUACGCAAACUAAAUUAUAAAACAAAAAGGCGUCGAGCGAUCCUUCGGCAUAAUAUUCGUUUAUAGACAAUAAGGGCAAAAUUUUGAUGAGACGUACAAAUUGGAUCGGUUGGGCUAUUUCUUGACAAUAUAUUACGUUUGUAAAGUAUCGAUUCAAGGCACUAAUAGUGAACUGUAAAACACUAUAAAUGACGUAUGUAAGAUCAACAUAUCUUUUUUUAUACAGCACGCAAUCGCAUACUUGGACCGUUUGUCGAACUGUCGCGCGUUUUAUCGAAUUUAUCGAUUGAUUAAAACUCUAUACAUCACUUUCAGGCAAAACCUUCGAUUAUCAGUACAAAUUUUUGAUAAUUUUAGCACUUUUUAUACCCUGCACUAUUUUAAAAUUUCAAAAUUGCAUAUCCUCGAGAAGUGGCAAACGUUCCAAGGGCUCGAACGCGUAUACACAUUAUCCGACAUGAAUAUUCUCAACCGAUGGAAUUUCAGUCUCACCGAAGGUGAACUCGAGAAAAAAUAUGGAUGAUCGCGAGAGCAAAGCAAGAAAAAACGCUGAUGAAUCUAGCUGAAGAGAUAUAAGAAAACAGAGUCACGAUGCAUAUGAGAUUGCGUGCAUAUAUAUAAAAUAUAUUGAAUCAGGCGAUAUAAACUCGGCGCAUCGUUUUUUGCCGCAGGUUGUCUCUUGUACUUUUUAGCCUAAACCGUGUAUACUUUUUAAUUACGAUUCAAUUAUAAAUUCAAUUCAAUUCACUCGAAUUCAAUGUGACGCAAAAGACUGCAAAGAUAUAAAAUAUAUAAAAAAAAAAUCUUAGUGACUAGGUUUCUCAUUUUGUAAAUAUAAAGAAAAAAAGAUACGAGUACUGAUUAUGAUUGUACGACUUUACAAAAUAAUAAAAAUAAACUAAUUAAUGAAAUACAGGAUGAUCGAGACAGAUGUGUAAUUUUACGUGAUGACACGAGGAGCGUUUAACGAAGGCAAAACCGUACGAAAUUUACUUACACGCAAAAAUAAUAAUAUUAUAUUUAAUGAAGCAAAAGUUAUUUAAAACAAAACAGUUGAAGACAAAAGUCGUGGUAAUAGAGCAGCUACGCUGGAGCGUGCGAGGCUGGAUAAAGAUAAAAAUGCUUAACCAAAAAAAUAAGUGUCUGGAUUUGGCGCGACAAAGAAAAACGACAAUGGAAUAAUGCAAAAGAAAACAAAAUCAUACUCGCUCGCCAGCUAAAGAUAAAAAAAAUAAUCAAAGCGCACGAACAUUGUGUUACACAUUGAAUUAAAUUACUGUAAUUUACUCAAUCAUAAGGCUUCAAAUAGCUUUAAACAGGCUCUCAAGCAGGAUCGUGAAUUCCUAAAUAUACAUUUAAAAAUGUAAAAAUACUGAGAUCUAUUGUAUAGCAAUAAAAUAAUGUAUUACGACAAGUGUCACUUA